UACCCCAGUCAAUAACUACAAUUGGCCUAUUGUUAUGCCAACUCAGCACAGUGGACUAGUAAUGUUUGAUGGAAAAAUGCCAUGGGAGGAUUACCGCGCCUUGUUUGAUGCAGCUGCAGUUAUACAUGGAGUUAUACAGUAGUGAAAGCUUCAAUGUUGAGCCUGUUGCUCUGUGGAGAUGCACUGGCAGUACUUCAGACGAUUUCAAUGGCUGACAGACGAGACAAUCAUGAACUGUUGAGGAACAUGGAAAUGAAAUUUUGCCACCAACACUUGGAUCAAAUGUACCGUUCACAAUUCAAGAACAGAGUUCAGAAGCCAAAUGAAUCACUCCAAGAAUAUGAAAUCGACAUAGCUCGCCUUGUGAGGAAUGCUUACCCAUUUGUGGACGAUGAAGUUUACGAGAGCUUAGCAGUUGAAAGAUUCCUAGAUGGUCUUUGUGAGGCAGAAACUCAACGAGCCAUUGAACUUGCUCAUCCUCAGACCCUCAGUGAGGCACUUACUCAGGCUUUCGAAUAUGAAGCUGUUACACAAUCAUUAAGUGUCCAUGUUCAUAAUCAAGCAGUAUCGGUGGGGGAUAAUCAUGAUGAGCUCAUGGAGGAAAUAAUUAAGAAGAUCUUGGAGAAGCUCAGGAUCGAGAAAAAGGAGAUAAAGUAUUGGGGUUGCGGAGAGAGAGGUCAUCUUCGAAGCAAGUGCCCAAAGAAGUCAAUGUUUGACAAGAAGCAGGAGAUUGUGGAUUGUGAUAAGGACUGGAAACACUGCUCACGCCAGAAGUGAAAGGAAGCAACUGUGAACAGGGUAACUGUUGCUACAGACUACUAGGGAUG